CGCAAGGCUGGAGGGAGUGCAGCCGCCGCCGCCGCUGCACAUGGGCCGGCCCCGCCGCUGCCGCCGCCCCUAGCCCAGGCGGCCCCGGUCUCACAGCUUCCUGCGGCUCCGGUCAUCCGACCAGCCAUGUCUCUCGGCGGAGCCUCCGAGCGCAGCGUCCCGGCCACCAAGAUUGAAAUUACCGUGUCCUGCCGGAACCUGCUAGACCUCGAUACCUUCUCCAAGUCCGACCCGAGUAGGCGGCUCCAGGACCGGGAGGGGCAACUUGGGGUCUGGUUCGGACGGACCGAGGUGAUUGACAACACGCUGAACCCGGACUUCGUGCGCAAAUUCGUCCUCGACUAUUUCUUUGAAGAAAAGCAAAAUCUGCGCUUUGAUGUGUACAACGUCGACUCCAAAACCAACAUCUCCAAACCGAAGGAUUUCCUGGGACAAGCCUUCCUGGCCCUGGGAGAGGUGAUUGGAGGCCAGGGCAGCCGCGUGGAGAGACCCCUCACGGGUGUGCCAGGCAAGAAGUGUGGGACCAUAUUGCUGACUGCAGAGGAGCUUAGCAAUUGUCGGGACAUUGUCACCAUGCAGCUGUGUGCAAACAAGCUGGACAAGAAGGACUUCUUUGGGAAAUCAGACCCCUUCCUUGUGUUCUACAGGAGCAAUGAGGAUGGCACGUUCACCAUCUGCCACAAGACAGAGGUUGUAAAAAACACGCUGAAUCCUGUGUGGCAGCCCUUCAGCAUCCCUGUGCGGGCACUGUGCAAUGGAGACUAUGACAGAACAGUGAAGAUUGAUGUGUAUGACUGGGAUCGGGAUGGAAGCCAUGAUUUCAUUGGUGAGUUCACCACCAGCUACCGGGAGCUGAGCAAGGCCCAGAACCAGUUCACAGUGUAUGAGGUUCUUAACCCUCGGAAGAAAUGUAAGAAGAAGAAAUAUGUCAACUCGGGAACUGUGACGCUGCUCUCCUUCUCUGUGGACUCUGAAUUCACUUUUGUUGAUUACAUCAAGGGAGGGACACAGCUGAACUUCACAGUAGCCAUUGACUUCACAGCUUCCAAUGGGAAUCCCCUGCAGCCUACCUCCCUGCACUACAUGAGUCCUUACCAGCUCAGCGCCUACGCCAUGGCCCUCAAGGCAGUGGGAGAGAUCAUCCAGGACUAUGACAGUGACAAGCUCUUCCCAGCUUAUGGCUUUGGAGCCAAGCUGCCCCCAGAGGGACGGAUCUCCCACCAGUUCCCCCUGAACAACAAUGAUGAGGACCCCAACUGUGAGGGCAUCGAUGGUGUGCUGGAGAGCUAUUUCCAGAGCCUGCGCACAGUACAGCUCUAUGGGCCCACCUAUUUUGCACCUGUCAUCAACCAGGUGGCCAGGACUGCAGCCAAGAUCUCAGAUGGUUCCCAGUACUAUGUUCUGCUCAUCAUCACUGAUGGCGUCAUCUCUGACAUGACACAGACCAAGGAAGCCAUCGUCAGCGCCUCCUCACUUCCCAUGUCUAUCAUUAUUGUCGGUGUGGGACCAGCCAUGUUUGAGGCAAUGGAAGAGCUGGAUGGUGAUGAUGUGCGCGUGUCCUCUAGGGGACGCUAUGCAGAGCGGGACAUCGUUCAGUUCGUCCCAUUCCGAGACUAUGUCGACCGGUCGGGGAACCAGGUGCUGAGCAUGGCCCGACUGGCCAAGGAUGUGUUGGCUGAGAUCCCAGAGCAGUUGCUGUCCUAUAUGCGCACCAGGGACAUCCAGCCUCGACCCCCACCCCCUGCCGACGCCAGCACAACCCCAGCUCCAGAGCAGCCCUGAGGAUUCCACAUAUCCAAUGCCUAAUAGUCUGCUCACCUGCUCACUCACCAUUGCUUCUGCUGGAAGCCAGGGGCACCUGGAGUCUGAACCUUAUCAGGAGGGCCAGCUUAGAGGAUCGGUGCUGGUUGGCAAGCCCUUUGCCCCCUCAUCUGCAGAAGGGCCUGGCACUUCACCACCUCCCUGCCUUCAUGCCAAUAAUAAAGCUGAUCUUUAUUCCAA